AUGUACCCAUGCAGUACUCCCUACUUUGAUCUACUCUUCCUGUCAUGCCUUCUUUUCUUGCACACCGAUGCGGUGGUGCCCCAUGGAGGCGUGCAUCUUAGGUCCCAGGAAGCUGCCCUCCUCCAGUGGAAGUCCACCCUGCAAAGUUCACCAGCGUUGGACUCAUGGAUACAGGGAACUAGUCCCUGCGGCAACUGGACAGGCAUCACCUGCGGUUUGGUGCACCGCGGCCGCAACUCGCCCCUGGUGGUGACUAACAUCUCCCUGCCAAACGCCGGCAUCGAUGGCCAACUUGGUGAGCUCAACUUCUCGGCACUCCCAUUCCUCUCAUAUAUCGACCUCAAGUACAACAGCUUUCGUGGAGAAAUCCCACCUGCCAUUGCCUCCCUACCUAUGCUCUCCUACCUCGAUCUUACUGGCAACUCGCUCCACGGGCAGAUACCAUCUGAGAUUGGCAACAUGGGACGCCUUACCCAGUUGGGACUCUCUUUAAACAACAUUACAGGCCGUAUACCUGCAUCCUUCGGGAACCUGACAAUGCUGGUUAAACUUGUCAUCCACCAAAAUAUGGUUACAGGUCCGAUCCCCAAGGAGCUUGGGAAGCUCACUAACCUAGAUUAUUUGGAGCUAAGUUACACCAUGUUAAGCGGUCAAAUACCUGAAAACCUAGGCAACUUAACCAAAAUAAGCACCUUGCAACUCUACAACAACCAACUGUCAGGGCCCAUACCACCUUCUCUAGGUAAACUCAAGACAUUGAGGAAUCUAGCACUCAGUAACAACUUGUUAAGUGGUCAGAUUCCUGAAAGCCUUGGCAACUUGGCCAAAUUGACGAUCCUGCAUCUGUACAGCAACCAGCUAUCGGGUCCCAUACCAUCUGUUAUAGGGAAACUCAUUAAUUUGAUUGAUCUUGAGCUAGCUAACAACCAGCUGAGGGGCCCCAUUCCUCCUAGCUUGUGGAACCUUACUAGUCUCAAUUAUCUCGACCUAUCCGAAAAUCAGCUUGUGGGUUCCAUCGCAAAUGAGAUUGACGCCUUGGUCAAUCUGGACACUUUGUUUUUAUCUGUAAACAAGAUUUCAGGCUCAAUUCCUGCAUCCUUGGCGAAUCUCACUGGACUGAGAGUGCUAUCACUCUUUAGUAACAAGUUGACAGGUCCUUUGCCUCCAGAAUUCGCUAAACUGACGUACUUAGUUCAGCUCAGCCUAUUAAACAACUCUCUCUCUGGUGAAUUGCCCUCUGGUGUUUGCAAAGAUGGAAAUCUCCAAGAGUUCAAUGUUGCUGAAAACAUGUUCACCGGUCCCAUUCCUGAAAGUCUGAAAACGUGCACGAGCCUCAGGAAACUUCUCCUAGAAUUUAACCAGAUAACAGGGGAUAUAUCCAAUUUUGGGCCGUACCCAGAGCUUGUUAAAGCAAAAUUUCAGGCCAACAAACUCCGUGGCCAUUUGUCAAAAUCCUGGGCUUCAAGUGUCAAUCUUACCAUGUUUAUAGCUUCAGAAAACAUGAUAACUGGAAGCUUGCCAUCUGAGUUAUCCAGCCUGAUAAAUUUGGAGGUACUUUUACUCGAAUCCAAUAACCUGAGUGGCAACAUACCACCAGAAUUGAGCAAUUUAGCCAACUUGUAUCAGCUCAAUUUAUCACAAAACCAAUUCACAGGUCAUAUACCCAUUGAAUUUGGUCAGAUGAGCAAUUUACAGUACCUUGAUAUGUCUGUAAACAAGUUGAGUGGGUUGAUACCACAAGAGCUCGGAAGUUGUAGUAAGCUACGGUUCUUGAAUAUUAACCACAACAGCUUGACUGGAAAUUUACCAAUGACCAUUGGUAAUCUGAGGAACCUGCAGAUUAUGUUGGAUGUCAGUGACAAUAACCUCACAGGCGGGCUACCUGUCCAACUUGGGAACUUAGUGAUGUUGGAGUUUUUGAACCUGUCCCACAAUCAAUUUAGCGGAAGCAUUCCCUCCUCCAUCGCUGGCAUGGUUAGUCUAUCAACACUUGAUGUGUCGUACAACAACUUGGAAGGUCCUCUUCCGGCAGGGCAACUAUUCCUCAAUGCCUCAACAAGAUGGUUCUCCCACAACAAAGGUCUCUGUGGUAACCUCUCAGGUCUGCCAGCUUGCCCUUCAACCCCAAUAAUAGAACAUCACAAAGAAAGAAUUCGCAGCUUGUUGUUAGCCAUUUCAAUUCCUGUGUGCAUAGUUAUUAUUCUCUCACUUUUUGGUCUAGUUACAAUUAUUCAGAAAAGAAAACGACCACAAAGUCCUAUAAAUGCAAAUAGAGUAGAUGUGUUCUCAGUGUGGAAUUUCGACGGAAAAUUAGCAUUUGAGGAUAUCACGAGGGCAACAGAAAAUUUCAGUGAGAGGUAUAUCAUUGGCUCAGGAGGGUAUGGCACUGUUUACAAAGCUCAUCUUCAAGGGGGGAGAUUGGUCGCAGUGAAGAAACUUCAUCAGAUUGAGGAACAUAUGAGUGAUGGAAAGAGAUUUAUUAGUGAAAUCGAAGUUUUGACAAAGAUUCGGCACCGAAGCAUUGUCAAACUGUAUGGGUUUUGCUCCCAUCCAAGAUACAAAUUUCUAGUAUAUGAUUAUAUUGAAAGAGGAAACCUUCGUGCUACCUUGGAAAAUGAGGAGUCAGCAAAGGAGUUAGACUGGCAGAAGCGGACAAGUAUUGCAAGAGAUGUGGCCCAAGCUAUUUUCUACUUACACCAUGAAUGCAGCCCUCCUAUAAUCCAUCGUGAUAUAACAAGUAAUAACGUGUUGCUAGACUCUACUUUCAAGGCUUAUGUUUCAGAUUUUGGUACUGCGAGGAUUAUAAAACCCGAUUCAUCAAACUGGAGCGAACUAGCAGGGACAUAUGGUUAUAUUGCCCCAGAGCUUUCAUACACAUCAGUGGUGACGACAAAAUGUGAUGUUUACAGCUUUGGUGUGGUCCUACUGGAGAUUAUGAUGGGAAGAUAUCCUAGUGAGCUGCAAUCCCUUGCUUCCCUGGGGCAGCACCAAAAGCUUGCAAUGGACAUGUUGGACCAGCGCCCUCCAUUGCCGUCAAUGGUGGAGAAUGAAGAGAUUGCUCUGCUUGUGGAAGUUUCAUUUUCUUGCCUGCAAAUUUCUCCUCAAUCAAGGCCAUCAAUGCGGGAUGUCUAUCAGAAACUGGUUCGGCACGUACCUUCUCAUUUAGCCUCGCCCUCUCAUGUGUCUACAUUAGAAGAAAUAGUGGGCGCAGAAAUGUGAAGUCAUUUUUGUUGUCUGAAGCACUAAUAGUGUAUAGCCGAUAAUAUUAAUCAAGUUAGACAUUGAGAAAUGUA